GCUUCCUUCUUCGGUGGUGUGGCAGUCGGCUUCCGCGCUCCGCCUCCUUGUUUAUGUAGAAAGGCUACGGUAGAGUUAGAACUCAAAGACGUCUGGCUGCCGUUACCAUUCUCCUGUAAAAGCUGGGUAGUUCUUUUCUGAAGGCUUUUUAAUGGAUACUUCUGGUCACAAUGAUAUAUCGUCGACAAAAGCUGUGCUAUUGGGGGCUUUGGCUUCUGGUGUUAAUGGUCCCACAUGGUCAGCAAUCAAGAUUACAUUUUUGACCCUUGGUGUUUGUUUUGCUGCCAUUUUGGCUCUGUCAUUCUUAUCAAAUGACUUCAUUAUGAUAAUUCACAUUAUCUUGCUUGUUGUCAUAAGCGGGACAUUGUUUUUACUCCUUAGCAAUUUUCUUGCACAGACGGGUCUUGUAUCGAUCGAGCAACAAAUGGAGGAGAUGGGUUUGGGACCACGGGAUCCCAUCAAAGUGACCAAAGAUAAUUAGCAGCAUUAGUAGUAUUUCACAAAUUUAAGAAAAGAACCUUGAUGCCAUAUUAUUUCAAAUGCGGCUAAGAAAGAUGUGUACAAUUGAUACCAUCUACCCAAUGAAGAAGCUUUAAAGAGAUGGCGACAGGGUUCCUGUCAUUGCGUGAGGACAGAGCAUGGCGAGCAAACACAUGCAUUCAUUCGCCUUUUGCUUCCUUCGCCUUUGGUUUGCGCUUGGCAGGCUUCAUGAAGCAGAAACACGAGCAGCAUGGUAACUGGAAGAGGAACUUCAUCACUUAGCUCUCACGACUCGGAACAUUAAAAAAUUUUCAAGGCCUGCCUUGGUUUGUUUCUUCUCUCUCCUUUGUUGCUCUUAUAAUGCAAGUCACUCCUUGGAUCCCAUUCCUGUUACUUUGAAAAAAGCAGAUGCCUGCCUGCCCAUGUAGUCCAGCUGUAGGGAUGGUGGUUGGGUUGGAGCAUUGAUUGGUGGUGGGCCACAAGGUCCACUUGAAAGGGGGUGCUUUAUUCUUUAAUAUUUUCUCCGAGUAAAGAUUUCAUGGUUGGAAAGCAAUAAAGAAAAAAAAAGAGAUGAUGUGAUAUUCUC